CCCUUCGGAAGAUGGCCGGGUUGAGCAGCGCGAGGAGCCCCGCGGCGGCGGCGGCGGGACGCAGCGGCCGAGGGGUCGUGAUUUCAGAUGAUUGGCCGGGAUAUAGUUUGGAUCUCUUCACGUAUCCACAGCACUAUUAUGGGGAUCUUGACUAUGUGCUCAUUCCACAUGGGAUCAUUGUGGACAGGAUAGAACGUUUGGCCAAAGAUAUCAUGCAAGAUAUUGGAUACAAUGACAUUGUGGUUCUCUGUGUACUUAAAGGUGGCUACAAAUUCUGUGCUGACCUUGUGGAACAUAUUAAGAAUCUCAGUAGAAAUUCAGAAAGGUUCAUCUCCAUGAAAGUUGACUUUGUCAGAGUGAAAAGUUACUGUAAUGACCAGUCUAUGCAAGAUACACAGAUAAUCGGGGGAGAGGACUUUCCAAAGUUGACAGGAAAGAAUGUAUUAAUUGUGGAGGAUAUUGUUGGAACUGGAAGGACAAUGAGAGCUCUCCUCAACAACAUUGAAAAAUACAAGCCCAAAAUGAUUAAGGUAGCAAGUUUGUUGCUGAAAAGAACAUCUCAGCCUGAUGGGUACAGACCUGAUUAUUAUGGAUUUGAAAUUCCGGAUUUAUUUGUGGUGGGCUAUGCCUUAGACUACAAUGAGCACUUCCGAGAUCUAAAUCACAUAUGUGUUAUCAAUAACCACGGCAAAGCCAAGUACAGAGUCUAAAGAAGUAGUUUGCCGGCCUGAACUGGAAUUUCGAUAGGAUCUCCUGAAGAACAAUUCAACUGACAUUCAUCUCACUCAUCCUGGACUAAAAAAGUGGUAUUUCCCAUGACCAACCCCCUC